AGGUAUUUUUAUUGGUAGUCCCUUGUUUGACUUCUGUGGGUGCUGUGACAAUAUUCAAAAUGUCACUGAAAUACUUUGUGCAUGUUGUCCUUCUUGAGUAUGUGGACUUUGAACCUGGAAUCACUUGCAGAGAACUGAAUCAGAAGGAAGCAGUUUGUUUGCCUGGUUUUCUUUUUCCAUGUCUCACCUCCUCUUCAUUCUCUCUCCAGGUCAGAGCUCCAGAUGCGGUACAUAACACUGGGUCUGCUGAUACACAUCCUUUAAUGGAAAGUAAACUUAAAGCAUUCAGCAUUGGCAAAAUGAGUGCUGCCAAACGGACUUUGAGCAAGAAGGAACAAGAGGAAUUAAAAAAGAAGGAGGAUGAGAAGGCUGCUGCAGAAAUUUAUGAAGAAUUCCUUGCUGCCUUUGAGGGAAGCGAUGGCAAUAAAGUGAAAACAUUUGUAAGAGGAGGAAUUGUUAAUGCAUCUAAAGAGGAACAUGAAACAGAUGAAAAACGGGGUAAAAUCUAUAAACCUUCAUCACGAUUUUCAGAUCAAAAAAACCAACCAAGUCAACCAUCUAAUGAGAAGCCUCCGUCCCUCUUAAUGAUAGAAACCAAAAAGCCUCCUUUGAAGAAAGGAGAGAAGGAAAAGAAAAAGAGCAAUCUGGAACUUUUUAAAGAAGAACUAAAGCAGAUACAAGAAGAGCGUGAUGAAAGACACAAAACAAAAGGUAGAUUGAGUCGUUUUGAACCUCCCCAGUCGGAUUCAGAUGGUCAGCGUCGUUCAAUGGAUGCUCCUUCAAGAAGAAACAGAUCAUCUGGUGUACUGGAUGAUUAUGCACCAGGGUCACACGAUGUUGGGGAUCCAAGCACAACAAAUUUGUACCUGGGAAACAUUAAUCCUCAAAUGAAUGAAGAGAUGUUAUGUCAAGAAUUUGGACGCUUUGGACCACUAGCAAGUGUUAAAAUUAUGUGGCCAAGAACUGAUGAAGAAAGAGCAAGAGAAAGAAAUUGUGGCUUUGUUGCAUUUAUGAACAGGAGAGACGCUGAAAGAGCUCUAAAGAAUUUAAAUGGCAAGAUGAUUAUGUCCUUUGAAAUGAAGCUAGGCUGGGGCAAAGCUGUGCCUAUCCCACCACACCCAAUAUACAUUCCACCUUCAAUGAUGGAGCAUACCCUCCCACCUCCUCCGUCAGGUCUGCCUUUUAAUGCCCAGCCUAGGGAGAGGUUGAAGAAUCCCAAUGCUCCAAUGUUACCCCCGCCAAAAAACAAGGAAGAUUUUGAGAAGACUCUGUCGCAAGCCAUAGUCAAAGUGGUUAUCCCAACAGAAAGGAAUUUGCUCGCACUGAUACAUCGAAUGAUAGAGUUUGUGGUACGGGAAGGGCCCAUGUUUGAAGCCAUGAUCAUGAACCGAGAAAUCAACAACCCAAUGUUCAGGUUUCUGUUUGAAAACCAGACUCCAGCCCAUGUGUAUUAUAGAUGGAAGCUUUAUUCAAUUCUUCAGGGAGAUGCUCCAACCAAGUGGAGGACAGAAGAUUUCCGUAUGUUCAAAAAUGGAUCGUUUUGGAGGCCACCACCACUAAAUCCAUAUUUACAUGGGAUGUCAGAAGAGCAAGAAACAGAGGCAUUCGUGGAGGAGCCGAACAAGAAGGGUGCACUUAAGGAGGAACAGAGAGACAAGCUGGAGGAAAUUCUGCGUGGAUUAACACCUCGAAAAAAUGAUAUUGGCGAUGCUAUGGUUUUCUGUCUAAAUAAUGCAGAAGCUGCUGAAGAAAUUGUAGACUGCAUUACAGAGUCGCUGUCCAUUCUGAAGACUCCUCUUCCCAAGAAGAUAGCAAGAUUAUAUCUGGUAUCAGAUGUGUUGUACAACUCUUCAGCUAAAGUUGCCAAUGCUUCCUACUAUAGAAAAUUUUUUGAAACAAAAUUAUGUCAGAUAUUCUCUGAUCUCAAUGCUACUUACCGUACAAUACAAGGCCAUUUACAGUCUGAAAAUUUCAAGCAACGGGUAAUGACGUGCUUCCGAGCAUGGGAAGACUGGGCAAUCUAUCCAGAACCGUUUUUGAUCAAACUACAGAACAUUUUCUUGGGGCUUGUAAAUAUCAUGGAAGACAAAGAAACAGAGGAAGUACCAGAUGAUCUUGAUGGUGCUCCCAUUGAGGAAGAGCUUGAUGGUGCUCCAUUAGAAGACGUGGAUGGAAUUCCUAUUGAUGCUGCUCCUAUUGAUGAUCUGGAUGGAGUUCCUAUUAAGUCAUUGGAUGAUGAUCUUGAUGGAGUACCUUUGGAUACGGCUGAAGACUCAAAAAAGAAUGAGCCUAUAUUUAAAGUUGCUCCUUCAAAGUGGGAAGCAGUGGAUGAAUCAGAAUUGGAAGCUCAAGCUGUUACCACUUCUAAAUGGGAGCUUUUUGAUCAACAUGAAGAAUCUGAGGAGGAAGAAAUACCAAAUCAAGAAGAGGAAAGUGAAGAUGAGGAAGACACUCAGAGUUCAAAGUCAGAAGAGCAACACAUGUAUUCUAAUCCUAUUAAAGAAGAGAUGCCUGAGUCCAAGUCAUCAGUCAAAUAUUCAGAAAUGAGUGAAGAGAAGCGUGCCAAACUCCGGGAGAUUGAGCUUAAGGUGAUGAAGUUUCAGGAUGAGUUAGAAUCUGGAAAACGACCCAAGAAACCAGGCCAGAGUUUUCAGGAACAGGUUGAACACUAUAGAGACAAGCUGCUCCAGAGGGAAAAAGAGAAGGAGUUGGAAAGAGAACGAGAGAGGGACAAGAAGGACAAAGAAAAAUCGGAUUCUAGGUCCAAAGAUAAGAAGGAAAAGGAGGAAUGUACACCAACAAGAAAAGAGAGGAAAAGACGGCACAGUGCUUCCCCUAGCCCAUCUCGCAGCAGUGGCAGUAGAAGAGCAAAAUCCCCAUCACCAAAAUCGGAGCGCUCAGAGCGCUCUGAACGGUCCCACAAAGAGAGUUCACGUUCUCGGUCCUCACAUAAAGACUCUCCAAGAGACGUCAGUAAAAAAGGCAAAAGGUCACCAUCUGGUUCCAGGACACCCAAAAGAUCAAGAAGAUCACGGUCGAGGUCCCCAAAAAAGUCAGGGAAAAAAUCCAGGUCUCAGUCCCGUUCUCCUCACAGAUCUCACAAGAAGUCAAAGAAAAGCAAACACUGACAAUGUUGAUAUUUUUUAUGAUGCUGUCACUUACUGGAAAUGCAGUUUUGUUUUUGUGCCUGAACAGUCUGUUU